AUGCUUUUGGAGGAGCUGAUGCAUAUUCAAGUGGUGCACAGUUUUGGAUGGUUGCUCUUAUUGGGUUUAUCAAGUGAAGCAGGGAAAUAUCUCGAACGACGUUGCUGCAUUGUGCUCGGCUUUGGACUCUUGGCAACAAGGGGGUAUGGCCAACAGAUGAGCAAGAUUGGCAAUCAAGUUGGCCCAUUUUGUAAGUCAACGGGCCUUCAGUGUGAUUCAGGGAAGUUGGGCAAGGCGAUGCUUCUGGAUCAGCUGCUAUAG